CAAUACAUGUGCAACCAUUUUCCGCCCAUUCCCCCAACCAUAUUGGCCUCUUAUAAUGCAUUCUAGUUUGCCCUUAAAAACUCCACUUCCAAAACCCAUAUAACAAAGGUUGAACAUUUGUUUUGUAGCGACCAAAAUCUAUUCGAAUUUGGUGAUCAUGUGAAUAAAAUUUGGUGAGUUUGAAAUAACCCUUCACCUAUAAUAUAUAUUAUUCAAUAUUCUUCACAUGCAUUAGCAACCAGCCCAACUGCUAACUACUGGGGGGCAUAGCUCUAUAGCCACCCUGUGGGACCGAUCAAUAUUGACCCAAAUUGCUUGCCAGUGCAGUCUUUGGAAAAUGCCCAUCAAUUUCUCUACUUAAACCCCCUCUUCCCACUUCCAUUCACAACCUCUCGCUCUCCGCUCACCAUGCCCAGACCACAACAAAGAUUCCGCGGCGUCCGACAGCGCCAUUGGGGCUCAUGGGUCUCCGAAAUUCGCCAUCCUUUAUUGAAGACUAGAAUUUGGUUGGGCACGUUCGAGACGGCCGAAGACGCAGCGCGCGCAUACGACGAGGCCGCGCGCCUCAUGUGCGGGCCGAGGGCGCGCACUAACUUCCCUUACGACGCCUCUCUGUCCCGCUCCUCAUCUUCCCGCCUUCUCUCGGCUACUCUAACCGCCAAGCUUCACCGCUGCUACAUGGCGUCCUUGCAACUCACCAAGCAAUCCUCCUCUGCCGCACGUCGCCCUCAAACCGACACAAUCCGAACCGAUUUUUCCGUGACAUCCGGCAUUGCUCCCGUCGGUGUGGAAACCGACGUGACGUCAACGAAGAAAGUCAAACUAGAGAGCGUGGAUCGCGGUGAGCCGUUGGAUGAUGAUCAUAUUCAGCAGAUGAUCGAUGAGCUGCUUGAUUACGGCGGAAUUGAGCUCCGUUCCGCCGCCGGACUGCAGGCUCAGCCCAUUUGACAUUCAACCAUAAAUCUCCGCCUCUAAUUAUGUACAAAAUAUCAAUUAAUUUAGCUAAUUUAAUUAACGACCCGACUUUUGAUCAUUUGAGGUCAUUAUUUCCUCUUGGCCAACCCAGAUUUGUUUCUCUCUGGUUUGGCCAAUUGAGUGGCGGCGCCCCCAUUUUAUUUCAUGUACCAUUUUCCAUUACAUAAUUAGUAUUAAAUCCCUAUAAUUUCAUAUUAA